GGCUGCCUCAUCUGGCACUGAUUAUCCUGCUGCUGCUGCCGCUGCUAAACUCAGCUGCUGCCUCUGUCCUGAGGACCCCAGAGCCUCUGCCCCCCCGCCAUGCUGCCUGCUGCCACGGCCUCCUUCCUGGGGCCGCUCCUCACUGCCUGGGCCCUGCUACCCCUCGCCCAGGGCCAGACCCCCAACUAUACCAGACCUGUGUUCCUCUGUGGAGGGGAAGUGACUGGGGAGUCAGGUUACGUGGCAAGCGAAGGUUUCCCCAACCUUUACCCCCCCAAUAAGGAGUGCAUCUGGACAAUAACGGUCCCUAAGGCCCAGACUGUGUCCCUCUCCUUCCGAGUCUUUGACCUGGAGCUGCACCCCGCCUGUCGCUAUGAUGCCCUGGAGGUCUUUGCUGGGGCUGGGACCUCAGGCCAGCGGCUCGGACGCUUCUGCGGGACCUUCCGGCCGGCGCCAGUAGUCGUCCCCGGUAACCAGGCGACCCUGAGGAUGACUGCAGACGAAGGCACGGGAGGACGAGGCUUCCUGCUCUGGUACAGCGGGAGGGCCACCUCAGACACUGAGCACCAAUUUUGCGGGGGGCGGAUGGAGAAGGCCCAGGGAACCCUGACUACGCCCAACUGGCCGGAAUCCGAUUACCCCCCGGGCAUCAGCUGUUCCUGGCAUAUCAUCGCACCUCCGGACCAGGUGAUCUCGCUGACCUUCGGGAAGUUUGACCUGGAGCCAGACACCUACUGCCGCUACGACUCGGUCAGCGUGUUCAACGGAGCCGUGACCGACGACGCCAAGAGGCUGGGGAAGUUCUGCGGCGACAAGGUCCCCGGCCCCAUCUCCUCCGACGGGAACGAGCUCCUCGUCCAGUUCGUCUCUGACCUCAGCGUCACAGCAGAUGGCUUCUCAGCCUCCUACAGAGCCCUGCCUCGGGGUGCCGCCGAAGCAGGGCCGGCCGGGAGCCCGGGAGAGGAGCGGCAGCCUGGCCCCAGCCCCAAGCCAGGAGCUGGGCCCAAAGUCAAGCCCCCCACUAAGCCCCGACUCCCACCUGGGGAGAAACCAAAGGCCUCGCCUGAGGCAGAGUUGACGCCGGUAGGCCCCGAUGCUCCCGGCACCCCUUGCCCAAAGCAGUGCCGGCGGACAGGCACCUUGCAGAGCAACUUCUGUGCCAGCAGCUUGGUGGUGACAGCAACAGUGAAGUCCAUGGUGCGGGGUCCAGGCGAGGGCCUCACUGUCACUGUCAGUCUUAUUGAUGCUUAUAAAACCGGAAACCUGGACCUGCCCUCUCCACCCACUGAUACACCCCUGAAGCUUUACGUGCCCUGCAGGCAGUGUCCCCCCAUGAAGAAAGGGGCCAGUUAUCUGUUGAUGGGUCAAGUGGAAGAGAACAGAGGUCCAGUUCUUCCUCCAGAGAGCUUCGUGGUUCUCUACCGGCCCAACCAGAACCAGAUCCUCACUAACCUAAGCAAGAGGAGGUGCUCCUCCCAGCCUGUGAUGGCUGCUGGAUCCGAGGCUUGAGACCUAGGCCAGCCUCAGGCCUCUGGCUCUCGGCCCCCUUUCUCAUCCAAAUAAAUAUUUCUUGACUAAG